AUGAGUGAAGAUAAAUUCUCUUCCGCAAUUCAAUAUUGGAAAGAAAUUCAACUUUCUAAUUUACAAAAGGAACUCGACCAACAAGGUCUUGUCAUUGUUGAAAAUCAAAAGGAUGGUUUAGUUUCUAGAAAAAAACUUGCUGAACAAACAAGAGAAUUUAAAAAAAUACCUGAUGAAGAUAAACUUUUAAAGUUUAAACCGCUUUUGAAAGGUUAUCAAAGUGAAAUCGACAACAUUACUAAACGCACAAAAUUUGCAGAAAACGCAUUUCUAACAGUUUAUAAACUGUUAGCAGAUGCACCCGAUCCUGUUCCAUUAUUUGAAGCUGCAGUGGACCAGAGCGCUUCUAUAAUUCAUAAUACUGAAUUACAAAACGAAAAUAGUUAUUUGAAAGAACAGUUAGAAAAAGCAAAUGCAACUAUUAAACGCCUGGAAUCAGUUGAAAAAACAAAUUUAGAAUUGGUACAAAAAGUAUCAAAUUUAGAAGCCUCGUUAAUCGAAAAGAAGUCAAAAGAUACCAGCUCAAUAGAGCAAGAAAUGAGAGAUCAAUAUAAUGAUAAAAUUCGACAAUACAAAGAACGAGAGUAUGAUCUUCAAAAACAAUUAAACCAAGCUUUGGACCAAUUGACUGAAUUAAGACAAUCUCAUGAUGAUACACAAGCACAACUUAUUGGUCAUGAUCAAAAAUAUGAUGAAGAAGUUAUAGGCAAAUUAGCUGAAUUGGAUAUUGUUAUUAUGGAUCUUGAACGUGCUAACGGAAAAAUUAUUCAAUUCGAAAAACAAAUUGAAGAUUUGAAACAAGAAAAUAUAAAGCUUUCUGAAUCAAGAAACGUUAAUGAGAGAAAUGAAGCAUUACAAUAUGACGUUGAAAUAACAAAAUUGAUUAAAGAUGUUGAAACAUAUAAGGAUAUACUUCACAAAACCGAAACACGAUUAACAAAAAAAAUCAAGGAAUUAACAAAUGAAAUAAAUUUGUUGAGUGAAGAAAAAGAGAAUCUAAAGAAAAAGUUAAAGUCUUUUGAAGACUAUGAUGAAAUCAAGCGUGAAUUACAAAUAAUGAAGUAUGUCGAAUUUUCAACAGGAGAAGACGAUUUUCAAGCAAACGAUGUACUUAAGAAAGGAAAUAAUGUUGAAGAUAGUCUAGAAUUUCAAUUGAUGGAAAAGAAUAAAAAGUUAGAAAAUGAAUAUACUCAAGUUAAAGUAUCAUUUGCUGAUCUUCAAGAAGAAUAUGAAGAAAAGACAAAACAAUUGGAGCAACUUGGUCAGACCUUGAGCGAAAAAACGAUUUUAGUCCAACGUUUAGAAGAAGAUCUCGUUCGUGUAGGCCAACAAUCAUCGGAUUCAUCCAUUAUUGAAGCAAUAAAUAGUAAGAACCCAUUAGGGACACCUAACAGUACUUCAGAUGGAGCAGUAUCGCGGUAUUCUAGUGAAUUAAAAGGAAAAGAUGAUAAAGGUAUUUUACCUAUCGUAAUGAGCCAAAGAGAUAGAUUUAGGCAGAGAAAUGCAGAGUUAGAAGAACAAACGCGAACCUUAGAGUCUUCAUUACAAGAUGCACGUACAGAAAUACAAAGCUUGAAGACUGAUAAUAUAAAAUUAUAUGAAAGACUUAAAUUUGUACAUGUCUGGAAAGAAGAUCAGCAAUAUGAUAAGCCUUUAACAAAUCGCUCUGUUGCUGUAAAUAUAGAUUCAAUAGAAUCAAGUAAUAAGAAUAGAAUGCCUGUACGAAGCUUUAAGAAAACUUCAUUUAAUAAGGGAAUCGAUGAUCCAUCUGAUAAAUAUAGUAAAUUAUAUGAAGAAAGUAUGAACCCCUUUACUCAGUUCCAUAAAAAGGAGGAGAGCCGUAGAUAUAAUGCGUUGAAUCCAGCAGAGAAACUAACGCUUAAUCUGACGCGUAUAUUAUUUUCACAUAAAUGGUCUCGUUAUUUUUUCAUUGUUUAUUCAUUACUACUUCAUCUUUUAGUAGUCAUUACUUUGUAUCAACUUAGUUUAUGGGAAUGUCGACAUGAUCACGAAGCUAUCAACUUUCCAACAAAUAAUGAUGAUGCAAAUAAAAUUUUAAAUAAUUAAACCUUGUUGUACAACUCGACU